CGUCCUCCUCCUCUCCUUGUUUACCCUGUCUGACCUGACUCUGCAGAGCUGACUUUGCACACGUACGACGCGUUAUGAUGGAGACGAAGCCGUCUCGUGGCCGUGGAACGCGUUCACAGGGCGCUGGCGGCCGUACACAGUCCAAGAACCGGAAGUGGGUCGCUGGUCAAGACAACACAAGCUCUGGCCACACCAGCGACAGCGAACGACGAGAACGCAGCGGGAGGAAACAGCACGAAAAUGGCAGAAUUUCCACUGCUCAUCCGUCUCCAUCUCCUUUCCUCGGCGUGUCCAACCCGGAUGACGGGGCCAGUGGCACGGAAGACGACCAUAGCAUGGACGAGGACACCGCUGAAGAAGCUGGUGACAACGACAAUGAAUAUCCUCCAGACCCUGAAACGCCGCAGGAGCGUGAGCGGUUCUGGCAGGAGGUGAGCAGUCGCACCCACUAUGUGGCAUGGAACGACUUACAUCGCUCCAGCUCGUGAAAGCGCGGGAAGCGGAACGUAAGACAGCCAUCGCGGAAGGAAAGAUGGAUGAUCCAGCCGUUCCGAGAAGACUAGACGAGGCGAUCACUAUGGUUGGGACGUGUAUGGACAUGUGUCCCAGGUUCGAACGCUACCGGCGUGAACGUGAAAAUAACCUGGAUAAGUGGGAGGUGAUACCUGGGACGAAACGUGUAGCCCAUAAACGCGCUGUCAAGAUCUACGAACGAGCGGCAGGCGACAAGACGCUUCCGUCUGAUCUACGACCUCCUCCUGUACUCAAGAAAACACUCAAUUACCUUUUCCACGCUCUCCUCGUCAAAGAGGGGUUCACACAGACAUAUGACUUCAUCCGUGACCGCUCACGAGCGGUUCGCAGCGACUUCACCAUGCAGCACGAGCAUGGGCCGCUUGCUAUUGAGUGCCACGAUCGCUGUGCUCGCUUUCAUAUUCUUGCCCUCCAUCUCGAGCGCGACAACCCGAGGUUCUCCGUUGCUCUGGAAGAGCAACAACUGAUGAACACUUUGCAGAGCUUGAAAGAGUUCUACGAAGACCAGCGUGGGGCGUAUGAAGCCCCAACCGAGUUGGAGAUGCGCGUAUACCAUCGCCUCAUCCACAUUCGUGACCAGAAGGAACGGCGAGAGGACGUCCCCGAGUGGAUCACAUCUCACCCCGUCUUCCAGUACACGACGCAAUUUCGCCUACAUGUGCAGGCGAAGAGUGCUCCCAUCACCAAGACUUCUCGCCUAGUCGUUGAUGCCUCGGGCAUGGAGAUCUUUGGGAAGCUCGCUGCGGUGCUCAGAGAGCAGGGCGACACGGUGAUGAUAUACCUCGUCGCAUGCAUCUUAGAGAGGCUGUUCGGGAAGGACACGAUCGACGACAUCGAGACUAUUCGCGGCGACCUCACCAUACCAGAUAUUAUUGAUGGCAUCUCGAGGCCUUCUGCCGUUCGUGCAGUCGUCUCAGUGCCCAACCCCAGUCAGCCUGUCCCUGGGCCUUCUGGCAAUACGUCGAAGAAUAUAGAGCAAGUGAACGCUACCAAAAUCGGGCCUACUGCAUCUCCAUUCGCGGCCGCGGCGACGUCAUUUGCCGCCCCUGCAAAUGCCACCCAGCCCGUCAAGUCGGCAUUCGGAAACUUGGCGUCCAAACCAAAUCCCUUUGGAAGCUCUUCCGUGUUCGGAACCACAAGCGCUUUCGGAGCUGCAGGAUCAGCCAACGCUACGUCUCAGUCUCACGCCAAUACGACCAAAUCAGCAUUUGCGGGCUUCGCUAACGGGAACGCUACGUUCCCUGGCACGACCAAUCUAAUGGCAGUACCUUCGGCUCUGCCACUGCCCAUUCCCCAUCACUCAAUCCUGAGGCUACGGCAUUUACCCCGCCCAAGCCGGCAUCAACAUCUUUCUUGUCUACUCCCCCAACCGCUGCGCCCUUAGCGCGUUCCGACCCCUCUACAUUUGUCGCCGUCACCCACGCGAGCCAACCAAGUCAGCUCGCAGCAGCAACGGCUCCAUUGUUCCAGCCGGUGGCACCCGCUGUUCCGGGCUUUACUACACCUGCACCUCCCCCACUAGCACCGUUUACACCGGCUUCAAUAUCAAACCAGCAUGCACAAGCUUCAACUUCUGCUCU